AGUGCACAUGUGAUGUAAUCAAUAUAUUCGACUUAAACAUAUAUAAAAAACCCAUUUUACAUAAAACCUAUAUGCUCGGACUACUGUGUAGCGAAUGUAAACAAAUACUAGCGUUAAAUUAGAAUGAAUUUAUGUUAAUGAUACUCUUCCUUAUGCUGCUCCAACCAAUCGAAUUUAAAAUUCAAUCGAAAAGCAUUUUGUUGAGCAUAAAAGACAGAACUGUGAUUAGUCGGUUAUAAAGCAUUACCUCGAGUGGAAGCGGAUUGAGUAAACUUUGAAAAUGGCAGAUUUUCUCAAUAGAACCUUGAUUAUUUCGAGGGAUCCUGUCCAACUGCCACUUACUGGCAGUCCUUGGCCUCCGUUGACCAUUCUCUCCCUCUAUCUGCUCUUCGUGCUGAAGGUGGGCAGAAAUUUCAUGGAGAUUCGAAAGCCCUUCGAUCUACGAGGAGUGAUCAAGGCCUACAAUAUUUUCCAGAUCCUGUACAACAGCGUCGUUCUCUUAGGCGGUCUUCACUUUUUGUUCGUUUUAAAAGCGUACGACAUGAGUUGCAUCACCACUCUACCGCUGGAUCACGAGUACAAGAACAGGGAGAGAUGGCUUACCUACUCGUAUUUCCUGAACAAAUUCAUGGAUCUGCUGGAGACGGUGUUCUUUGUGCUGCGCAAGAAGAAUCGCCAGAUAUCCUUUCUGCACGUUUUCCACCACGUGGUGAUGUCCCUUGGCGCUUACCUUCACAUUGCUCAAAUCGGAUAUGGCGGCACCUUAUUCCCACUGUGCCUCCUGAACGUGGCGGUGCACGUGGUCAUGUACUCCUACUACUAUUUGUCCUCCGUCAGCAAGGAGGUGCAGACGAGUGCGUGGAAGAAGUACAUCACCAUUAUCCAGCUGGUCCAGUUCGUCCUGGCGCUCUCGAACUUGAGCUACACUUUAAUGCAACCCAACUGCAAGGCCUCGCGACCGGUGAUAUAUUUUGGCAUGUCGGUUGCCGCGUCUUUCACUCUGAUGUUCGCCAACUUUUAUAUUCACAACUACAUACUUCCCGGCAAGAAGAAGCCGGAGCUGAAAAUCCAAUAAAUCCAAAAGUCCUUCAGCUGUGAUUAGGUUUCGCGAUAGCAGGAAACUAAUAAAUAC